AUGUCACAACCAAGUUUUUCGAAAUGGAAUUUUCAAGAAGUUUCACCUGGUCCUACUUAUCAAACUCGUGACGAACUUAUUGAAUGGAUUCGUGAAUAUGCUACUACAGGAUUUCACUACAUUGGUACGUGUAAGAUGGGAACAGAUUCCUUGUCUGUCGUCAAUACAAUCAAUAUGAAAGUUUGGGGAGUUGAACGUUUGAGAAUUAUUGAUGCAUCUGUAGCUCCAUCUUCGUUCUCAGCCAAUACGCAAUCGUUGACAUAUGUAGUGGCAGCACGAGCAGCUGAUCUCAUUGUGGCAGAGUAUAAAAUGAAACAGAAAUCUGCUCACUAA